AUGGCAAAUGAUAGGAAUACAAAAAUCGCUCAAAAGGCUUUUGAAAUAGUCGAUAACGUGUAUGAGUCAACUAGUACUAUUACUGCUGGCCGAGUCAUUUAUCAGUCUUCUAUAGUAAAACCGAUUGUUUAUCAUCCCACGGAUAGUAUUCAAUACUUCAGUGGCGCCCGUCCUUUUACUGGCCAUGUUGACCGGUUUGAGAGGCCAAAAGAACAGGCUAUUAGCUGCGAUGAGGCGGCCCAGCGCUAUGGAGGGGUGCUUAUAAAGGAGUUUCGUAAUUAA